AGUUGUAGGAGAGGCUCUUCUUUCUGUUUCUUUUGAAGUGUUAUUUAAUAAAUUGGCGUCCUCUGAUUUCCUCAAGUUUGCACGCCAAGAGCAUGUCCAAGCCGAGCUCAAGAAAUGGGAGAAAAAAUUGUUCAACAUUCGUGAAGUGUUGAAUGAUGCGGAGGAGAAGCAGAUCACAGAGCAGUCGGUGAAAGCAUGGCUGGGCGAUCUGAGGGAUUUGGCUUACGGAGGACAUCUUGGACGAGUUCUCCUACGAAGCUUUGCGAAGAAAGGUGAUGGCGGAACCUGAUAGAGGCAACGCAAGCAAGGUACGCAAGUUUAUCCCUACUUGUUGUACUUCUACUUUCACUCCUAUUAAGGCUAUGCGUAAUGUUAAGAUGGCACCAAAGAUGAUGGAAAUCACUCGCCGAUUAGAAGAAAUUUCAGCUCAAAGGGCCGAGCUUGGUCUAGAGAAGGUGGUAGGGAUAACCAAGUAUGCUCGGGAAAGGCCAAUCACAACAUCUCUGGUAUAUGAACCUUGGGUUUUCGGGAGGGAUGGUGAUAAAAAGAUUAUAAUUGACAUGCUUCUUAGGGAUGAACCCAUUGGAACCAAUGUUUCUGUAGUUUCCAUCGUUGCCAUGGGUGGGAUGGGCAAGACCACACUGGCGAGGCUGGUGUAUGAUGAUGCUGAGGCAACCAAGCAUUUUAACCUAAAAGCUUGGGUUUGUGUAUCAGAUCAGUUUGAUGCAAUGAGAAUAACAAAGACGAUUCUCGAGUCGAUCACUUCUCAUGCCAAUGAUUUGCAGUACUUUAGUAAAAUUCAAGACAGGUUAAGGGAUGAAUUCAAGGGGAAAAGAUUCUUGCUAGUUUUAGAUGAUUUGUGGAAUGAGAACUACAAUGAUUGGAACUGCUUGCGGUCUCCGUUCUGGUCGGGAUCACCAGGAAGCAAGAUCAUAGUUACAACAAGGAGUAAAAAUGUUGCAACUAUGAUGGGAGGAGAUAAAAACUUUUAUGAGCUAAAAAAUUUGUGCGAUGAUGAUUGUUGGUAUGUGUUUGAAAAACAUGCAUUCGAAAAUAGAAAUAUCAAUGAGCAUCCAAAUUUGGCAUUGAUUGGUAGAGAAAUCGUGAAAAAGUGUGGAGGUUUGCCUUUAGCGGCAAAAGCACUUGGUGGUCUGUUGUGCCAUGAACAAAGAGAAAACAAAUGGAAAAGUAUAUUGACUAGCAAGAUAUGGGAUUUGCCAACUGAAAAAAUGUGAUAUUCUCCCUGCAUUGAGAUUGAGUAACAAUCAUCUUCCUUCACAUCUUAAGAG